AUGGAAUUCGCCCGGACAAUUCUGAAAAUUCCCGUUUCCCGGGUAUUCGGAUGGAGUGCUACUUCCCGAAACCCGGUGGGCUCAGAAUACAUCAUCAUAGAGGAAGCGACUGGAUCCCAACUUGGGAUGGUGUGGGAUGAGAUGACUCCGGACUUGAAACUAAAGAUUAUGAGGGAAAUUGUGUCUAUCGAGACCAAGAUGCUGUCGAUGUCAUUUUCACAAGAUUUCUGGAGCAAAGAGCGCUCCAAUAUGGAUAUAUCCAGGGGCCCAUGGUCAAGCCCAGUAGAUUACGCUCUAAGUAUUGGAUUGCGGGAAAUGACAUGGAUCAAACAGCACGCUACCCCGAAAUCACCGGAUGAUCCUCUUUUAGCCUCUUUGGCCCAAAAUGACCCGAGGGCGCAUUUAGAUCUUCUAGAGAGGUACAUUAGAGUGGUCCCUUCUCUUAUGGGCUUUGACGAGACCUUGACUCGCUCCACAUUAUGGCAUACUGACCUUCACACAUCCAACCUUUUCGUGGAUAAUGGUUAUAUCACAGCCGUCAUCGAUUGCACUUUACUGAAGCGUCCGGGAAACUUUGAUGAGCUCUGUCCUAAAGAACAAGCUCAGAUUAAACAGAAAAUUUUCAAGUCUACCCUUCUUCAGCUUUAUCUCAUGGAGACCGAAGAACGCAAUCCGACACUGGCAAAAACAUACAACUUAGACCAUGGCAAAACAAGACGGUUACCUAUCGAACUAGCUGGGAAUACUUGGGAUGAUGAUAUCGUCUCCUUCAGGGAAGCGCUUAUCAAUGUGGAAAGGCACUGGAAAGAGCUAGGCAUACAAGGAGACUGCCCAAUUCAUUUCACUGAGGAUGAUUUGCAAAGUCAUUUGGUUGAUGCAGAGGGGUGGAAUGAGGUCCAGGACUUUUUUGACAGCAUUGAAGGUCUUGUAAAGAGAGAUGGCUGGACUCAUCAUGAUACCUUCGAUGCUGCGUUUGCGCUUUUCUCGGAUCUUAGGGAGACGGGGCUCAGGCAGCUGGGAGGGAAGGAGAAAGAAAGUUUCGAAAAAGAGACACACUGGGUGGAAGACAAGAAGCUGACCCGAAGUUCCCAAUAG